AAUACGAAGGUCAGCAAUGAAUAUUUCGUAUAUUUUAUAAACGAACCUCGUAAAAUCUUUACAUGCUUGAAUCGAGCUGGUGUGAUGUUGCUGAAAAUUUAAAAAUGUCAUAAAUACGGUACAAAUAUGGAAGAUAGACACGUCGAAGAUUUCAAAUCCUUAGAAUCGAUUGACAGUGGCUUGUCUGACGCAACCCGUCGCCACGGACCGAGAAAUCAACACAGAAUUGCUCCCAGUGGGCAGCUUAAUCCCGCUUUUGGUAUGAGAGACCUGUAUUUAUUAUCAAACUAUUCAAUAGCAAUAUAGCACAGGUAUCUCUUUCUACUUUUGAAGUAUUCCUUUGAGAGUUUGUCGAAUUCAUGUAUCAAAUUAUAUAAUCAGUAGAAGAAAAGUAGCUAAUUUGUUAAAUUAAUAAUGUAAAAGUAUUAUCUUUAUUUAUGAUAACUUUUGAUCCGACUAGUCGAGUACAUAAUAAAAGUAUCAGUGUUCAAAUUUGGACUGGAAUUUGGGUACUGAAAAAAAUGUACACUUUGACCAUCAAAGAAACCUUUAUAGGGUAAAAAUCAGCCUUUAUUUGUAAUAUGCUUGAGAUUUCGGCGAUUUUUACCCUAUUUUGAGUUCAAUAGUUGGCUCCUUGCAAAGACAAAAGCUCGACUAAUUCGUUUUCAAGAACUUUCGACGUUUUUAUGUUCUACAGCAGGAAUAUAAACACUUCAAAAUAUUUUUGUUGCUAUGCUGACAAAGAAGCCUUCGCCCCCAUUCAUUUGACGAUUCGUUCCAGAUUAUAAUUAAUAUACAUCAACUUUAAAAGGUGCUUACGUACUUAAAAUAUUGCCUAAGGUAUAUUUUUGUACUUCGUGAACGAAGUUUGGGCUUAAAAGAAACAUAGUUUUGCUUGAGAACUAGCGUUAUUUUUUGGCUAUGAAAGCUUCGUCAAGUGGGCAAACGAAAAGUUCUCAUGAUCGGGAAGGCUUUGUUUACAUUCCCGUAUCCACAGGUAGAAUAAUUAAUGAUGUGAUAUUUUGUGAUAAAUUAAUGAAGUGAUGUGUCCCCCAAAAAUUGCAAUUAGCUAUGCUGCAGAUUGUUAUACAGACAGUUAUCAGUGGGCAUCGAAAGUCUGAUCUAAGAGAUGAAUUUUGACACAAAGAUUAUUAAAAUUGGGCUAGUAGAACUGAUGGGCAAUGGACCAUUGAAAAAAUCUUAUGAAAAAAUGCACCAGUUGUGAUGAGUAUUAAUAGAUUUGAUCAACUAUGCAUGGACAUAGCCAACACUUGAUCUAAUUGAUGUUGAUUUUAUUCAACUUAAGGCACCAGUGAUGAACACAUGGAAAUGAGCGCAAUGAAUGGCAAUCACCGCCCAGGUAGCCAUGAAGACGUCAUGAUGACAGACAUGUUGACAGACAUGACAUUUGCAAAUGGUAGUCAGCAGAUGAGAGAUGACGAUAACAUGUCCCAGGGCUCAAAAGAUGGUGAUGAUGAGUCGAUUGCUUCAACAGGUAGGAUAUUAUAACUCUAGAUCUGUAGGGGUGCAUUAAGUUCUGACCAGAACUGGACCUUGAAAAAUCUGGCUGGAACCAGAACUCGGUAUAUUAAUUUAAACAUUUAUGGUUAUGUGUUACUUUGUCCACUGUCAACCUUAGAAAGUCGGAUUAUAUUUAUAUGGCAAUAUGUCUAUAUGUCAUUAAAAUCAACAAUGUCAGUAAUGUGAUGUUAAAAUUUUUGGUUGAAUUGUUCAUCAUUGAAUGAACUGUCUCUUCUUUUAUCUAAUGAAGACAUGUACUAUGUUUGAUUAGUUCUGGCAGAAACCCUAAAAAAUAAUUAAGGAGUGCACUGGAACUUGCUGCAGUUAGUUCUGGCCAGAAGAUCUGGCCUAGUUCAGAGUUGUAACACUAACUAUAGUACAACUGAGUUCAGUUCAGUAAGUCAACCAUUGGUCCUUCACAUCCUUGGACUCAACAAAAAAUAUCUUGUGGUUCCAAUUUCAUAUGCUGAAAAGAUUAGGGUAGGCUAAGCUCGACAUUGGUGAACAAUGGUGGUUGCCCCCACCCCUUCCCCCCACCCUUGCUGUCUGCCACUUACAAUUAUUUCAACAGAUACCUAUCAAAGUGGAACAAGCAUGUCAAGUGAACUGCAGCAAGAUCUCAAAGAGAGUCUACCCAGCCAUUUGUUCCGAGAGAUUCGAAACUUGCCCUCUGCCAAAAGACGGAAGAUCAUUCAGGAAAGGGCGACACCAGAAGGCGGGUCUCUGCGGCAUCGGCCUCAACAUAGCAUCCGCCGUGGACUAGACGAGACAGAUUUUGUGCUCAUGGGAGAGGAGGGUGAAGCUCAAGCGCAUGAAGAAAUACGACACAUGGCAACUUCACUGGAUCGAAAGAAAAUUGCACUGUAUGUAAACAUGCACAGUAUGGUGUGAAUUCUUGAUGGUCAAGGCAUACUUCUAUUUUCAUAACACAUAUUGGUCUUGGCAGUGGUAUAGUGCACCUUCAGAAGAUGAUUUAGAUUAAAUCAAAAGUUUACUCUGACUCUUAAAUGUGGUAGACCCUCCAUUAACAUUCUCUCCCCCCCCCCUUAUCAGAUGAGCUUUUUAACAAUCAUAAGUGCAAUGGUACCACACAUAUAUUAUUACAAUUUUCCAUUGACACACAAAACUUUACUGCCUUUGACAAGUAACAUCAUCUGGCAUUAAAUAGAGUAAAGUGAUCUGGCAUUAGACAUAGUAAAAUAAAACUAAAGUAGGGGAUGUUACAGGCCUAGUUAAUCCAUUGAUGUCCCAUAUGACAUGUAAAACAUUAGAACUGCCAAUCUAUUAUCCCAUUGAGUGGCAGCGCUUUCCCCUGAUGAGUAAAACCAUCUGGCAUUAGACAGAGUAAAGUAAUAAAGUAGGGCACAUCAGGGCACAUUGUCACAUACUUGAAGGGUUACCAGAGAAGGGUAACAACAGACAGAGUAAAAUAAUAAAGUAAGGUGAAUUGCUAAUGCCAUUUUGGCAUAAUGGGUUAAAAUGAGUUUGCUCUGCAGUGUUUUGCUUGUUCUAUAAAUUAACACUUUAUAUUUAUAUCUUCAAUUUUAUUUAUAUUUUUACUCGUCAAGGGUAGCCUAUGUCGCAGACGGUGGGUGUUUAGAACGGUAAGGUUAAACUUACCGUUCUAAAGUUUCACCCACCGUCUGCGACGCAGGCUAGUCAAGGGGAGAGAGCUGGUGUUUAAUGGGGUAACUUUUUUUCACUAGAAAUCAAGUACAAGAUCACAUGAAAGACAAGGAACAAAAUAUCAGCACAUUUCGAUAUUUUAAACUCAGACUUGCUGCAGUAAGUAAAUUAACUCAUCAUUUUAUUGUCGAUUUCAGAUUACUUUUCAAAGCACGGUUCCCAAGUUUGAUGUCAACUUGCCAAUUACGUUUCCAAAUUCGGAAGUUCAUUUCGUCUUGGGAGACCACUGGACCAAUAUUUUACUGCAGUAAUAUGUGCAUAGGGUCUUAUACAGUAAUUUCAACUCCAACUAUGAACAUUUGUUUACAAUCAAAGUUCGAACUUUGAAAUGAACUUGCGAACUUCGUUGCGAAGUUCACGCCCAAUUUCCGAACUUGACAACGACGUUGGCAAGUUCGCAACGAACUUGGAAACAGCGUGUUGAAAAGUUACCUGAAAUCGACAAUAAAAUAAAUAUACAAAAAAAAAUUCCGAAUUGUAAUGUUUUGAAAACUCAAAAUAUUAGUUGUUGAAAAUACGUACACAAAAUUCUCGGAAAUAUUUCGACUCUAAUAUUAUUUUUCAAAUUAGAACUGGCAACGGUUUAGGAAGAAAGUUGUGAGCACGAUUAAAGACAAUGAGUUGUGGAGUGGACCUCUGAAGAAGAUCCAAGGUUACAAAUUAUAAUUAAAGAUGAUCAUUAAUCAAAGUGUUUUAAUUAUGCUUCUAAUUGAGCACUAAUUAGUAAUUUGGAUAUAAAUUAGAAAUGUACAAGACAGUGACAUGACAAAAUCCUUACUAAUAGGGAAGAAUACGUACCGUAGUUUUAGGAAAUAAAUUUUAAAGUCCUGGGAAAGCUAGGAAACCUAAGAUUCCGAAUUUUCAUCAAAUGUCUCACAAAUUGCUUCCCAGGAAGUAAGAAUGUUUCUCAAGUAACACAUUUUGUUCACCGAAUGCAAGUUUCCUCGCAGAAAAAAAUUCGUGGGAGGUUUAUUUUCUUUCGGUAAAUAUGGCUCUAGAGUAUAGGAAACAAUGUUUCUGUUUAGCUUACUUUGGGAAACAUAUAUAUAGCUAGGAAACAAUGUCAAUGUCUCUUGGUUUGUCCACCUUCGGCGAAUAUGGCUAGGAAACAACAGCAGGAGUGGAAAAAAUAGGCGAGCACGCGAGCACUGCUCGCAGGAAAUGUUAAACAGCUGCAGGAAAUCCGUUUGAAUGAAGAUUUGCUAUCGAAAAUUUGAAGGAAACCUUAACAUCCAUGUCCUACUAUGGGCGCAACAACAUAUGAUUGACAGACAUUAUUCCUUGAAUUUAAAACUAUGAUCAGCUAGAACACUACCUCAAAACACUAUAUGUUUAUGCACAUACAGAUUUAGCACAAAAAUACUCCGUUGGUCUGCAGGAAAUUUUUGUCUUCAGGUUGUGUUCCCAGGACGAAAAUGAUUUUUCCUGCCCUGAACAACAGUUUUCUCAGUUGGCAAGGAGACGAUGUUGCCAGAUUGGCCCACCUUCGGCUAGGAAACAAUAUUCCCUGGCUUGCCUACCUUUGGGAAGCAUGGCUAGGAAACAAUGUUUCUUGGUUUGCCCAUGCACCUUUGAGAAACAUGGCCAGGAAACAAUAUUUCCUGGCUUGCCUACCUUUGGGAAGCAUGGCUAGGAAACAAUGUUUCUUGGUUUGCCCACCUUUGAGAAACAUGGCCAGGAAACAAUAUUUCCUGGCUUGCCUACCUUUGGGAAGCAUGGCUAGGAAACAAUGUUUCUUGGUUUGCCAUGACCUUUGGGAAACAUGGCUAGGAAACAAUAUUUCCUGGCUUGCCUACCUUUGGGAAACAUGGUAUGGAUACAAUGUUGCGGGCCCUUUUGGAAACACGGCUAAGAGUAAGAAACAAUAUUUCCUGGUUUGCCCACCUUCGGGAAACACGACAUGGUUACAAAAUGGACCGCAAGCUAAUCGAAAUAACAAAAAUAAUUUUUUGUUUCAGGCAAAUUUGGUACUCGUGUGUUAUCCUAUUUCAUCUUCCUGCGAUGGUUGUUCCUGCUCAACAUCUUGAUAUUUCUCCUCGUGUUGAUAUUUAUCUUCAUUCCACAAAUUAUUUAUCGUCCCAGUACCAAAUACGGGAACCUGACAAGUUUUCAUGGCACUGAUCUCUUAGAUGGAGGGGUAUGUGUAUUACAAAACUCAGGUGUAAAAAUUGUCUUCACCAUUUUGUAGUGCCAUGUAUUAAACUUUUAUUAGGACAUUUCCAUUUAUAUUGCAAGACUUGACAGUCUUGACAGUCAGACCAGAAAUUUUCGUCGGUUUACGUGAGCAUCUGAGCUACGUACGAAUUUUCAAAUUUAGACCCAAAGGUGAAAAAGUAACGGGGAACCUACCGCGUGUCCCCCCCCCAAAAAAAAACAAAAACAGGACACUGUUUGAUUUCAUGUAAAGUAAAAGCUAUAAAAGCUAUCGCAAUGAAAUAAAGAUCAUUGCAUUCAGAAAGGACUAACUUAGAUUUUGAUAUAUAACACUUGAAUUUACAUGCAAUAUUGACUCCGCUAUUGAUGUUUGAACGUUGAACUACUGUUUUUGAAAAUGCCAAAAAUUCCACAGUUGUAUCUCGCUCAAUAUUGCAUGUAAAUUCAAGUGUUUUAUAUCAUAAUGUAAGUUGGUCACUUGGUCCUUUCUGAAUGCAAUGAUCUUUUUUAUUUCAUUGCGAUAGCUUUUAUAGCUUUUACGUCACAUGAAAUCAAACAGUGUCCUGUGUUUUUGGGACAUCCGGUAGUUCUACAAAUUACAUUGAUUGAAUAUCUAAAUUACUAAAUACCUGAUUAUUGAAAUGAUUGAAUACCAAUUAGUUAAUCUACUAACUCGAUACCCCUAUAUAUUGUAAUCUUCUGUGGAAAAUGUUGAGCCCUAAAGUCUGAACCCAGGUUUCGAAAAGAGAAAAACCUCCUGAUUUCAUUCCAUCCAAUGUGUCAUUUUGUAUAUGUAAAUUUCCAUAUGUCAUUUUGUUUAUUUCCAGGGAUGGUUUAAUGGUACGGAGCUAUACUAUGGUCACUACACAAGUGAUACCAUACAAAUAUCAGCAGGUUAUGGUUAUGAGAUGCCAUUGGCUUACCUCCUUACAUGCGCAACUUAUUUCUUGCUAUGCUUGAUCCUAAUGGUUACAAGGUAACCAAAUGCAAUGUUACACAGACAACACACUGAUAAGGGACUGGCUUUUGCACAGACAUGGGGAAUUUCACCCUGACCGCUGAAGUGUAUGGCAAGAAGUUUUAAUACAUUAUGCAGUUUUAAUACAGUUUUAAUAUAGACUCUGUAAGCAGCACUGUAAAAUAUACCAGCCCUCCCCCAUUGUUGCCUAAAAAAGAAACCCUCCCCUUGACCAGAACGGACUUUUUUAUGCCCCCUAUGCCAUGUAGAGGGUCGGGCUUGUAAAUACAAUUCGGGCCCCACCAAAAAUCUUACCAUGUUAAAAACAGGUGACCCCCCUUUUUUGGCAAGUAAACAUUUAGUGACCCACCCUUACAUACCUCCGGCCCUACCCCUUCUAAAAACUGAUGAAUGCUCCCUAACUGUUGUAUUGUUUUGUAGCAUGACCAGUUUAUACGAGAAGAACUACCUUGAAGGAGGAGUGGGAGCAAAUGUCCUGACGACCAAAAUAUUUACAGCGUGGGACUAUAGCGUGACAGACAGAGAGGCUUGUUUUAUAAAACAACAGAGCAUUGCCACUGACAUUGAGGUGAAGUAUACCAUCGUGCAACAAAUCGUAUAGGGGCCAUUCACAAAGGAUGUCCGGCCAAAUGAUGGAUUUUCAGACCCCCCCCCCCCCCCCUUGUCCGGCAUUGUCCGAAUUAGUGACCUCCCCCCGGACUUCCGCCAUGCCUCGCAAAAACUCACGCAACCUUGUAUAUAUCAAGAGUAAAAAAACUUUUUUUACUUUUAGAACUUUUUUAUAACUGUAAAUGUGAACACAAAAACAUAUAAAUUACUAAUUAAAACAAAAUCUAGUGUUAACCGCAUAGUCAAAAUGUCAAUUUCACAAUGGGAAGGACUGCUCAAAAAAUAGAGGGAAAAAGAAAUUUGUUUUUGAAUUUUUUUUAAAUUUCGGACAUCCGGAUUGCUAAAAAACCCUCCUCCCCCCCUAUGUCCGAGUUUGUCCUGAUUUUCCAAACCCCCCUCCCCCCCCCUUGGCUCGGACAUCCUUUAUGAAUGGCCCCAUAGUAAACCGACAGUUACUCGAGUAAAGAAAUAACGUUCAUCUUUUUCUCGUACAUGUCUUGUAUUUGAAGACAAAUAAAUAAAAUAAAGAGAUCUACUGCCACAGAAGAGACCCACCAAUAUAUCUUCCAAAAAGUGCAAAUCCUUGGCUAUAGUAUAGAACCUUGCUUUGAACCCUUUAUCGUCAUUCCUAAGUGAUCAAGUUGAACAUAUCCAACGACGUGCAACUAAAAAAGUUAUCUGUUCUUCCUUGUCGUACAGCCAAAGUCUAACAGAACUCGAACUAUACCUACACUUUUUGACAGAAGAGAGUCGUUAUGCAAGUCCCUUUAUAGGAGCAAUUUAAACACUACAAAUAAACUAUUUGACCUUUUACCGAAGCCAGUGCACCACGCCACCACCAAUACAAUGUUAGAAACGCACGCAAAAUUCUACUGUUCAAAUCCCGUACCAAACGUUUUAGUGAUAGCUUCUUGCCGUACGUGUGAAGAAGUGGGACGCCAUUUAGGGCGAGUGGUUAAAUUUACUCAUUAAUAAUCUAAUCUAAUCUAAAUCUUAUUACUGAAUCCUACUACAUGUUGCAGGAAUGUUUAGCUGAAACAAAGGACAAGCGAGUGUUGAGUCGUAAAGAAUGGUUUAAAUUGAUUUGUUUAAGAAUCUUCACAAAUUUCAUAAGCAUUGCGCUGAUUGCUUGUGCUACCUACCUUAUUGUUGAAGUUGUCGCUGGAUAUCCCGUCGAGGUAAUAACCUAAUUCAAGAGUUAGAGUAAUUUCAUGUCAGCACGACCAAUUCUUACCAUCGCCAUCAUCACGAUGAUAAUCAUUACCAUCACGAUUAUCAUUACCAUCACGAUUAUCAUCACCAUCACGAUUAUCAUUACGAUUAUUAUCGUCAUCAUCACCAUUACGAUUGUCAUCGUCAUCAUCACCAUUACGAUUAUCAUCACCAUACGAUUAUCAUCGUCAUCACCAUUACGAUUAUCAUCACCAUUACGAUUAUCAUCACCAUUACGAUUAUCAUCGUCAUCAUCACGAUUAUCAUCACCAUCACAAUUAUCAUCGCCUGAUCACCAUCACGAUUAUCAUCAUCACCACAAUUAUCAUCGCCAUCAUCAUCAUCACGAUAUCAUCUGGACAAGCUUCAUAACUAUUGCACACUUUCUUGUGCUGCCUAGUACAUUACUGCCUAAUCGAAUACAACCCUCCGUAUUCACAUCGUAUAACUACAGAUCAUUAAAAAUUCUGGAAUCCAUAAAAGGCAGAAGAACGGAAAGUUAAUCGUAUAUAUACUUUGUCGUAAAAUAUUUUUAAUUGCCUUACUUGUUUGUGUUGUAGGAGGACACGACAAUAUUCCAAGAACUUCUCUUGCCUUUGCUGGUAUCAUUUCUGAACCUACUUCUGCCAGGAAUGUUUCGUAUUAUCGCCAGUUUUGAAGAUUACGCUCAUGGAGCUACGGCAGUCAAGGUCUCGCUCGCAAGGUAUGUAGGGCUGUCAUUAAAUUCUGAAGUAGGUGACCAAAAAGUGAUAGUAUGGCCGGCCAAAAGUUUGAUAUAUGGGUGCCCCCCCCCCCCCCCACUGAAAUCUAAACACCCUGCAUUUUGGGAGGUGAGUUUACACAGUUCACAAAAGAUUACAAAACGUCUUAUCAAAGGCGAAAAAAUGGUACUUUUCAAGACCAUGCCUGACCCAGUCUAGAAUCAUUGAAUCUUUUGUUUCAAUUUUGAUAUUCUGAAGUAGAGGAGAUGAAAAGAAGAAAGUAUUGUACUGUUUAUUUGCUUAAGUUUUGUUUAUAGAAAUUUUGUCCAGACAAAUGUACGCGGCCGCUAGCUAAUACUAGGCAAGUAGCCAACCAAGCCCUGCCCCAGGCAUCUAUUAUAUAAUUGCACAAUUAUAUAAUUCCCUCAUUUAUACUUGCGUUCUAUAGGACAGUGGUAUUGAAGUUAUGUACACUAGCCGGGAUAUUUGUUUCACUGUACAGUGAUAUUAAUUGUGCCAGUGAUGAUGGUUCCAGUAACUGCAGAAUUGUAAGUUGUAAGAUACGUCUAUCAUUCCUCUAACAAUAUAUUGAACUAUUUUAUCUACAAAAUCUAUGGAUAUUUAAAAAUUUUAAAUUUGUCUUCUUUUCCAAUUUGCACAUUUCUAGAUUGGGUGUUGGGAGAAUUAUGUUGGUCAAACAUUUUAUCGUCUGGUUUGGGUUGAUUUUGCUUUCAUAUUGCUGGCGACAUUCUUUGGAGAAUUUAUCAGACGGUAGGUAGAGGGUGUCACGUCACGUCGUUGACUUUGAACCGUUAGAAGCCCUAAUUUUCCAUGGGAGUCGUGAGCUAGACCGCUGCACCUCCCCUAAAUUUUUUUCCACCUCCCCCACUAUUUCCACCAAAAUCCGGUCUUGGUCACCUGGGGCUGAUCCCAACCCACCCUGUCAACAUUCCUUGUGGGAGAAAACUGGACGGUAGAACCACUAACUCUAUUCAAACUACCUAUAAACUCCUUGAUUUUCCUACUUUUUCUCAUAAAAUCCUACUUUCUAAGACAGCUUGGGGAAUCAUUAUGUUGUUUUAACUCUUUGCUUACAGACGGAACUCAUAAUUCGAACAUAUUGAUAUUUUCUUUAGAUUGCUAGCCAGUCGUGUAGAAUGGUGGGGAAAUAAUGUGGGUUGUCCUGGAUUUGAUAUCUCGCGAAAUGUUCUUGAUCUCAUCUAUGCACAAUGUUUAUGUUGGUAAGUCCUGGCUUGGUAGAUCACGCAGUCAAUGGAUGGUUCCAGCUAUAGACUAAAUUUUGAUCAAGACAAGAAGAACAAAAUCCAUCACCACGGCUGGAAAGAGCAUGUUAAAAUUAGUAAAAUUGCAAAGUUCGGUUGCGAAAUGUUGUAAAAUGAGGAAAUAUAGCCCUGUGAAGUUCGCAAAUUUUGUAUUAAUUUGUAUUACGCACGGGAAAAUGCACCACUUUCGGCCCAAAUGUGGUGCAUUUUCCCGCGCGUAAUACAAAUUAAUACAAAAUUUGCAAAUUUCGCAGGGCUAUAUUUUCCGCAUUUUACAACAAUUCGCGGCCAAACUUUGCAAUUUUACUAAUUUUAACAUGCUCUUCCUAGCUGUGGUGAUGGAUUUUGUUCUUCUUGCCUUGAUCAAAAUUUAGUCAAAAGCUGGAAUUGCCUAUUCAAGUCCUUGAAUUUGGAAACAAAAAUUUAAGGCCUUGAAUGUCCUUGAGUUUAUAAAGAAGUGCUUGAAAGUCCUUAAAUUACUUUAGUGGAUAUUUUCUGAAAUUGUUUGGCAUUAAGAAUUGGACAUUUUGUGAUUUUGUUCAUGUCUUACAAAGACCAAAGUUGUUUGAAAUUCGCGUAUUUUGAUAUUUCAAAUUAGUAUUCUUGCUCAGACCGGUCGUGACGAUAUUUUAUCACCGUUUCAGGUUUGGUACAUUCUUCAGUCCUCUGUUGUCCUUCAUCUGUCUUUUUAAACUUUGGGUUCUAUUCUAUGUCAAGAAGGUAAGCUCAUUCGUUUCAUGUGUACAUUUAAUAAAGUAAAAAUGCAUUAGAAAUAUAAUUAGCUUAGUAUUUUCUCGUGUAGUAACAAUAGAUCAAUUAACAAGGGUUGGUCCUUACUGAACCUCGAGGAAGAACAGCUAUCCAGUGUAAAUAAAGUAGGUGUAGGUCAGGUUUGCUCUAGUAAGAGAUGGACCUCUAACAGGAAUGGAUCUACCAGGGAGAUGCGUACCACUCCUAGAUUUGGAAAAGGGUGUUAGGGGGGGGGGGGGGGGGGUGUUGGUACCAAUGGCCCCACGGUCCCCCCCCCCCUACACGCUUUGCUCUGUCCCUCCAGUGCAUUUAUUUUAGUUUGGUUUGAUUUUAGACGAGCGUGUUGAACAACUGCCGACCAAGCGUGCGACCAUUCCUUGCAUCGAAGAUGAACCUAUUGUUCUUGGUAUUACUGGGUAUAUCUUAUGCUCUUAUCUUGGUUGCUUUUGGCUAUGCGGUCACUUCUUCAGGAAGGUAUGUCUGCAUCAACCUCGUACCCAGGGUCGGUACGAGGUUGUGUCUGCAGUACGAUUUCUUGGAUGGAAAUGAGCCAAACUGACUGGGAAACUCGCCCAGUGACCUCUAUAUGUAAACUGGAAUGAUCACUCCUAUGAUAAAGCCUAUGAUUCGCUGAAGCCAAAAUAGUUUUUCUGAGUUUUGAGCUGAAAUACCAUAUAUAUCAAACUGAAGCUAUUGAAAAUUGCUAUUCGGUGUUGACAUUUCAGGACUUCAGCGAAAAGGAAAAUAUUUUAAAAAUACAAGUUACACAACGUCAAUGAAAAGCUUGGUAACACGGAAUCGAACAAUCAUAAAUUUCACAUGCGCAUAAUUUUAAAAUGCGGAAUGCAAAUAUUUUGAAAUAUGAUGAAAUUUUUAAUGCCAGUUGUAGACAAUUUCACCAAUAGUUGUAUUAAUAUGCUGCCUGACAAACUGUCCGACAAAAACCAGUUAUGCCGGAGAAUUACCUUUUCGUACCGAACAAUGUCCGUGACCGGCCGCUUAUAUUAGGCUCGCCUCUCGUUCCUUUCGCCUCGCAAAGAGCCUCUGGAACCAGGGUACUCAUACUGUAUAAUAUACAUACAUUAGAAAUGAUGCUGCAUACAUUAUAGCCUUUUAUUUGUUCUUACUUUCAGUCGACUGUCUCCAUCGGACUGCGGUCCAUUUACUGGCAAGGACACGAUCUAUCAAGUGGUUUUGGAUAGUGUCAACACGUUCCCAGAUGUGUUGAAAGAAAUUAUUCGUAUCAUUUCUUCACCAGCUAUCAUUGCUUUGAUCUUUGUAGUUUUUGGGUAGGUCAUAUUCAGUUACAUAUAGUUAUUUUAUUCUAAGUUCUCAUGGCUAAAAGCAUGAGCAAGUUUUCAUUGACAAGUUUAUAUUUUCUAGGAAUUGAAAGAAUUUUUAGGAUUUUACAACUGCUAUAUGCACAUGCGAAGCAAUAUCACGAUAGUCAUCUCGAACAUGACAAUAAUUUCGAUAUGUCGUCGCUCAAGUUUCUACCUUCGAUACGAUAAUCGCGAUUGAAAAUAUCGCGAUAAAUCAAAAUAUCCAUGCCUUAAAAUAUCGGUCGGUCACGGACAUUGUCCGACCCAUUCGUGAAAUUAUUAUUAUUUAUUAUUUAAAAAUAUUUUAAAACGGUAGCUCUUCAGGGCUCGUAGGCACCUGUUUUUCAAGAGGCCGUUUAUUACAGUAUUUACAAGCUAUAUAAAUAUAAUAACACAAAUAUACACACAAAAACAGAGAAAACAUAACGAACUUAAUAAUUGCAUGCACUACAUUUGUAUCUAAAAAUAUUCUAUCCUAUUUAAAUAUUUACAAAGUUACCAAAAGGAAUCAAGUGCCGUCAAGAAUACGUUUAAAUUUGUUAAGGCUAAUGCCUUUUUCUUUUGCUGUAGUUGAUAAGUCAUUCCAAAGGGAUGCAGCUGAAUAACUG